GGAGGAGUUGUGCCCCAUUGUUGGUAUCAGUGGGAGGAAUUGUGCCCCAUUGUUGGUGUCAUUGGGAGGAAUUGUGCCCCAUUGUUGGUGUCAUGGGAGGAAUUGUGCCCCAUUGUUGGUGUCAUUGGGAGGAAUUGUGCCCCAUUGUUGGUGUCAGUGGGGGAAAUAUACCCCAUUGUUGGUGUCAGUGGGAGGAAUUGUGCCUCAUUGUUGGUGUCAUUGGGAGGAGUUGUGCCCCAUUGUUGGUGUCAUUGGGAGGAGUUGUGCCCGAUUGUUGGUGUCAGUGGGAGGAAUUGUGCCCCAUUGUUGGUGUCAUUGGGAGGAGUUGUG